CUGAAACUUACCUAACCUAAAGACACUAAAAUUCCUGUUCCAAUGUGCCUUUACGGACCCGUUUCGGUUAUCAAAAAGAUCAUGCCGAUGGGCUUGCAGAAGUCUUGUCUGCUCAUCUUGGGCUUGGAUAAUGCUGGGAAAUCUACUUUGACAGCACGCCUGGUGGAGAUCUUAAAUGGCGAUUCCAAAGAGCUAAACAAGCAGGCCAGUGAAUGGACCUUCAGAAUCGAUAACUCCAAAGUCAAGUUGUGGGAUAUCAACGGGGAACUGAAGAACAGGCAGGCCUGGCCUAAUUAUUACAAGAAAGCAAAGGCCCUGAUUUUUGUUCUAGACAGCAAGGAUGCAGUGCGGCUAAGCGAGGCUCGUUGUGUCUUAUGUGAUGUCCUAAUGCAUGAAGAACUUAAUAAGGCUUCACUGUUGAUUCUGUCCAAUAAAAAGGACACUCAAGGAUCUCUGCCAAUGUCCACGGUGAUCGAUUUGAUGGGUCUGGAUCGGUUAAAUUGUAGGGACUGGUCUUUUAUGGAAUGUUCAAUGAAGACAGGAAGUGGUAUUCAGGAUAUCGUGGACUGGAUUAUUAAUAAUACAAAGAGGAAUAAGAAGUAAUGUAUUAUAUUUUACAUUUUUUGAUAUUUUCAAAAAAGUACCUAUACCAAAAAUUUAUUUAACUAU